AUGAAGUUAUCUCCCAUCACAGUGUUUAUGUUCAAAGAUUCAGAGGGUUUCGCCUCUGCUAUCUCACAAUCUCUUCACCCUAACCCUUCUUCCUCCUUCACCCGCCUAGAGGAAUCGUUUGAACUCUCUUUGGAGGGUUAUGGAAUCAAGGACAAUAAAGCGUCAGGGAAUGUUCUUCACUAUGUUGAUAAUCACGGCAUUUACAAGGUGUCAGUUGUGAUUAUGCAGCAUUAUGAGCCGCCAGUACUAGCAUGCGCUCUUAAUGAGGUCCUUAAUGAAAUUUUCAGAGGCGAUUCAUCUAAGAAGCCAACACUUUUGGUACCCUUUUUGGUGGAGUCAUCCAAAGUUAAAGGGAACAAUAAAUCCAUAAGAUCAGAUGAAAGCAGACCCCUAACUUAUGGCAUACAGAUUGGUCAAAUUACAGACAUAAUGCAGACCUUACUAAAGAAAACCCAGGAACCACCAUCUUCAUUGCGGAUUCAGCAUGAAAUUUUUGCAUGUUUUCUUCACUUUGUUCGUGUAAUGAACUUACCUACCUUUUUUCUAAUUGGACAAACUAGUCAAUAUUUGGACAAUAAAUCUACAAAACAGCAUGAGGCAAUUUGUGAAAUAGGUGAGAUUUUGGCUAGCAGUACAGGUCUGCAGUUUUCAGAAGACAAAGUGAUAUGGAAUCCAAAAAAGACAUCAAAAGAGAUCAAGGAGCCAUGGCGUGAUUUAUAUGGUUGA